AGUGAAGUAUUGUAAAUCUGACAUGGAUAAUAAAAAGAAAUACAGGGACAAGCUGGAUGAAAGAAUAACACGGCCUAGUGGGAGGUCAGGCCAUAAUCCACGUGGCACUGGUUCUUCAAGUUCUGGAGUGUUAAUGGUUGGCCCAAACUUCCGAGUUGGCAAAAAAAUCGGAUGUGGUAAUUUUGGAGAACUACGGUUAGGGAAAAAUUUAUACACAAAUGAGUAUGUGGCCAUUAAACUGGAGCCAAUGAAGUCGAGAGCACCACAGCUACAUUUGGAAUACAGAUUCUACAAGCAGCUAGGAUCUGGAGAUGGAAUACCUCAGGUUUACUAUUUUGGCCCAUGUGGCAAGUAUAAUGCUAUGGUGAUAGAACUACUUGGACCUAGUUUGGAAGAUUUAUUUGACUUGUGUGGUAGGACAUUUUCCCUUAAAACGGUUCUUAUGAUAGCCAUACAGUUGAUUUCUCGUAUGGAGUAUGUCCAUUCAAAGAACUUGAUAUACAGAGAUGUAAAACCUGAGAACUUCUUAAUAGGACAACCUGGAAACAAAACCCAGCAAAUUAUUCACAUUAUAGAUUUUGGGUUGGCAAAGGAGUAUAUAGAUCCAGAAACAAAGAAGCACAUACCAUAUCGGGAACACAAGAGCCUUACAGGAACAGCUAGAUACAUGAGUAUAAAUACACAUUUAGGAAAAGAGCAAAGUAGAAGAGAUGAUUUGGAAGCUUUAGGUCACAUGUUUAUGUAUUUUCUCAGAGGAAGCCUUCCAUGGCAAGGUUUAAAGGCUGAUACAUUAAAAGAACGUUACCAGAAAAUUGGAGACACAAAACGAGCAACCCCUAUAGAAGUACUGUGUGAAAACUUCCCAGAGGAAAUGGCUACGUAUCUGCGUUACGUAAGAAGGCUGGAUUUUUUUGAAAAGCCAGACUAUGACUACUUAAGAAAGCUCUUCACAGACUUACUUGAUCGGAAAGGCUAUAUGUUUGAUUAUGAAUAUGACUGGAUUGGCAAACAGUUGCCUACUCCUAUGGGUUCAAUACAUUCAGACCCUGCACAGUCAUCAAAUAGAGAAGCAUAUCAGCACAAAGUGCAACAAUCCAAACAUCAGUCAACAGACCAUAGGGCAGCUUGGGUCUCACAAGCCAAUCCACAUCAUUUGAGGGCUCAUCUAGCAGUUGACAGACAUGGUGGCUCAGUACAGGUAGUAAGCUCAACAAAUGGAGAACUGAACACAGAUGACCCAACUGCAGGCUGUUCAAAUGCACCCAUCACAGCUCCCGCAGAAGUGGAAGUAGUGGAUGAAACUAACUGCCAGAAAGUGUUGAACAUGUGUUAUGUAAUUCUCAGAGCAGCUCUGGUCUGCCUCUGCCCACUGCUACUUUUUCAGUGACUGAACGACAGGGUGCCCUUGGAUGUUUUGAGAAGGUGCUGCUGUUUUUUCAAGCGAAGGAAAAGGAAAACCAUUCAGCGCCACAAAUGACUAGAACCAUGCUGAACGUGGGAAACUGACGUUUGUUCAACUGCUGUCUUGUGAUCUUAAGGAAACCCAAGACCUCUGUAAUCACCACAAGUUUUCCAAGGACUGUUGUAGAAACAAUGCUUUGAUUUUGGUUCUCCUGAAUCCAUCAUUUCUUUAAAUCAUCUAUUCUGAAAGCUUUAAGGUUUUGUCAAAUAUGAGUCCUCUUUGACUGUCAACAACUGGACCAAUGAUAUGGUACAAAUGGACAUCAUCUUCAGCAAAACCAAACCUGUGAAGUCAUUCUCCUGUCAUAAAGAAAUGCUGGCAGUGUCAACUGAAGACAGGUGUCAUAAAACUGUUGAAUUGGUAGCAGCUUAUCAACAGCAGUUUUCUUCAAAAAAUGUGGAAGAAAAUCACAGAUGCACAACCAGAUAGAAAAAUAAUAAACUAAUAAACUCUUAAGAUUUUUUUC